UCGUGAUUGUCGGACCCGGUCUACACUGUCAGAGGCGUCAUAUUCACAUUCUCAAGAACAUUUUUCAUUAUUUUCAAGGGAAACGAAAAAAACAAAUCGCAAUUUUUUACUCUUCCAUUUUUUGGACAGUUGAAAAGAAAAUUAUUCAGUGAAUAAACAUAAGUUUAGUGAUUGAAUAAUCGAUUGAUUAGUUAUUCGAUUGAUAGCAGAAACAGUGGAGUGUGUGAAGUGCUGCGAUAAAAUAAAAUUUCAUGAAUUGUGAUUGAUUGAUUGAAUGAUCGAUACUAUGAGUGUUGUGAAGUACUAGAUAAAAAAUAAGUGCUGGUGAUAUUUCAAGACGUAAACACCCUGUGAAAUGAUGACCCUUAUGACAGACGUGGGAAGCUAUCCCUAUGAAACGAGGCCCUCGUGCGAUACUUACCAUUCACAUCACCAUCACCAUCGGCACUUUUACAGUUCACCGGAGGCUGAAUAUUUUCCGAGUUAUGGAGGUGAACGGGAUAGGGAGGAGCAGCAGAGAACGACUAGUGCAGAUGGAAGUGCUGCAUCACCGGAGAGCAUUGCUUCUGGUCAUUAUCGGCAUGAUCAGCUAAGAUCACAAUCACACUAUCUCCCAGACUCUGACGACGCAUCGUCAAUCCUGUCCGCAGAUGCGUCGGGAGAUCCAGAGUCGGCUUCAGCAGACGGUGAUGAGACGACUAAUGAAAGUGAGAGUGUAGAACACGUGCCACACCCCCACGUACUGGACGCAAGUUCACCCCAUGGGCCACGAAGGUGCCUGCUGUGGGCCUGCAAAGCAUGUAAAAAGAAGACAGUGACGGUUGACAGGAGAAAAGCGGCGACGCUGCGUGAGAGGAGAAGGUUGAGGAAGGUGAACGAGGCAUUUGAAGUACUGAAGAGGCGGACGAGUAACAAUCCUAACCAGAGAUUGCCCAAGGUAGAGAUAUUGAGAAACGCCAUUGAGUACAUCGAGAGCCUCGAGGCACUACUCCAGGGCAAUAGAUCGACGACUGGUCAGGAUCACGUCUCGGAAAAUACCAGUGGUGAAUCGCCGCAGUAUGUCACCGACAGACUACGUCAAUUUUCGGAUCCACUGGCGAGGUUUCAGCCGAUCAACGGCUUCACAGGGGCAGAGAAUUCACCCAAUCAGAGCAGUGGGAGCAGCCUUGACUGCCUCAAUAUGAUUGUGCAGAGCAUAAGUGGAGAGUCCAAUGAUAAUAGUCAUUAUCCACCUCAUAAUUGAAUUAUCAACAGUAUUAAAUGCCAGUUGUUUUUUUAUUUCGUGGAACACGUGGACCUGAUUACCAUGGCUAUUUCUAGAUGAUCAACAGAACCAAAUGAGAGACAUUUCUGUUCAGUGACUUAACUAUUCAGAGGGGAAUUAAUUGUAAGGCUGAAGAAUAAGCAAUGCCAAAUAAUAUUGCCAAAGAAAUUGACAGAAGGAAAACGCAUCGAGUGAUGUACAAUAAAAAACUGGGGAGACUAUUUUACUGCUUUUUUAUAGUAAAAAUUAUGAAUUCAACUCUCUGGAAAAUUGACAGAGGAGUUGAUCAAUAAAUUAGUCAUUAAUUUAAGUGAAUGCAUAGUUGAAGAAUCCAAGAUUCUGUUUCGGUGUAUUCUCGAUUCGAUAACAGGGGUACCAAAUUGCUCAAGAUUUAUGUAAAUAUCAAUCACAAUGACAAUAAAAAAUACUUGAAGACGA